AUGCGCGCCAUGUCUAGCAGCGACGACCACGGCGCCGACGACAACGCAUCGCUGCGAGCCGCGCUGGCUUCCAUCCAGCACGCAUCCCAGCAACUCUCCUCCUCCGAUGCCCAGCUCCGCCACGCCGGUGAGCAGGCACUCCUCGCCUUGAGGGACGCCGCUGCGAACGAGCACGAGCACGAGCACGAGCACGAGCACACACUCCGAUUGGCCUGCUACGCUCUGCAGCAUCAUCCCCUCGAUGGCGACCCGUACGUGCUGUUCGAAUGCCUCAACCUCCUUCUCCUCGCCCUGCCCAGUCUGCACAUUGGCGUCGACGUCGACGAUGAGCGCACAGCAAAGGGUCUCGAUCGCACCCUCGACUUGCUCCUCCACUCUGCCAUCCAUCGAUCCCAGACGGCGGCCACAGCAUCGCCCUCCUCACCGCUUUCCACCUCGGCAUGGCCAGCAUAUGUGCGGGGUAGGUGUUACCAAAGCAUUGCUGCUGUCCUCAAGAAGAGCCUGGCGCUGCACAUCAACGCUGCCUUGCGAGCAGCUCCCAGAGAUGCGUCUCGUGCCCAUCAGAGCGCUGCGCAUGUCCUAUCCGGUCCAAGCAAUGUCCUCUACGCCUUGCUCGCCGUGCAGCCCACCGACGCGCAAGAGGCGCUUGCCGUCCAGGCGCGAUCUGCCACCGCGCUAGGCAUCGCUGCAGCGCUGGUGGACGAGCUGGGUCUGACAGCGCGACUCGAAGUGGUAGAGGCUUCGAGAUGCACCGCAGAGCAGGCUGCACCCUCUCGACGAGGUAGACGAAGCAAGAAGCGCCCAGAGGAUGAUGCUAGGCACUCGGCAGAAGCGGGCACUGCGGUGGGUCUGACGGCAGAGCAGCACCUGUGGUGCAAGAGCGCUUUCCAGGUGCGUCACCCACCCUCCAGCGGGCAUCGACAAUCUUUUGCGGCUCACGCCUCUCUCCCACUUGGCAGAUGCACGUCCUGCCCCAGCUGGCUAAUCUUGCUUUGCAAUCAUUGUACGCGACGCUGCCUUCUCAGCCGCUGCAUUCUAGCACAUUGGGGGACCCUGCUGCAAUCCUCGUCGCCCGAAUCGUGGAAUGGAGAUUCUUGCUGCGGGAUAGCAUAAGCCUGUCGAUCUCGAGAGGCAGCCUGGCCGAUGAUGUCACGCACGACGACGGCGCAUUCGAAGAAAGUGCGACUCGAGCAGUACCUGCCUCCUUUCGCAACGUCCUCUUGACACCGGACAUCGUGCACCUCCUAGCAGCAGCGUAUCGUCAUGCUCUGGCCAAGCAAGACUCUAGCGAGCAGUCCAUUCACCGCCUACGCCGCUGCAUCAUCGAUGCGAUCAGUCUUGCGCCCGCCGAAAGCGCAGAUCAAGACGAGACUCGCGUCGCGCGGCACGUCGCGCUGCUAACGAAUCUGCAGGCUCUAGCUCGCGAAGAGUGCUCCUCGAACGCAGCAAGCAGCACCGCCAGCAGAGCAACUGCGACGCUUUUCAUGACAACCGCUUUCGAGUCCUUUUUUGCGACAUUGUCCGUCCAGUCGCUCGGCGAGGCUUGUGGAAUCACCUCGGCAGACGCGGGAAGCUUGCCUGCGCUAUUGGACACCCUCGCCACGCUCACGUCGACGGUCCUCCACCGCGCUUUCAGCGAACUCGUCGAUGAGGAGGAAGAGAUCGUGUACGACCAGGCGAUCGAUGCUCUGCUACGAAUGUGGAACACGUCCCUCUCACUGAGCGCAGACGCGGAUCAUACCCUGCGCACUGCGUUUCGCGGCAUCAUCAUCCACAAUGUGGUGCCCGCAUAUAUUGACGGGCGGAUGCUUUCUGCUCGCGCUGCGAUCCUGAGCCAGCGCGAGGACGAGCGGUCAGAACACGGUGAAGAGCGCGCAUCUGACGCAGAGAUGUACGAAGCGCAACUUAUGAGCCUUGCUGCUCUCGCUCGGCUCGACGUUGGGAGAGCGUGCCAACACCUGCUCCAGCACGCUCAGCCUGUUUGUCAACAGCUCGGCGGAAUAGCGUCUGGCGAAUUCGAGCCAACAGACGCAGCCAGCUGGGCCCAGAUGGACGCUGCGUGGGAAGCCUGCCACUGGCUCGCCUUGAUCGCUGGUCACGUUCUGGCGGACGAUCAUCAAGGCGAGACGGCGAGCCUGCCCGAGGCCAUUUCUGAAACCGAACUCGGGGUGAGUCGCGUGAUCUCGAUGCUUGCAAUGACGCGCACUCACCAUUCCGGCUCCAAUCCUAGAAUGAGGACAUCUUCACUCUUCUCGUACAAUUGGGAGUCAGCUUACCACAUGAUCUACUAUCAGCAGCGCCCGAACGACAAUGCUCGGCGCAGCUUAUCCAGACGUUGUUGUGGUUCAAUGCCCGCUGGACGAGCGCAUACUUGCUCACCGAGGCACCUGGGAUGCUACAUCAUUUCAGCGGCCAGCACGGCGCCUCCACCCUCGCCAUCAUGCUGCGCGACAUGACAAAGGCCUUGGAUCGCUUCCGCUCCGAUGCAAGCGUCGUUUUGCAAGUGGCCAGCUUUCUGGCGGCCCUUGCCCGAUCAGCAAGACUUGGAGAGGCUGCUUUGCAGACUACCGAAUUCCACGAGCUCAUUCUCGGCGUGCCCAGUCUCUUGGACAGUCUCCCUGAAGACACACAAGGCGAGCUGAUCCACGGCAUGACGACUUGCAUAUUUGCGGCUGCUAGGUCCAAUCCAACGAAAGCGGAAGAGCUCUUCGAACAUUUCACAUUUGCCGUGAAUUCGCGCUUCCAAUCGACCCUGACGAGCAGCACUUUCGCAUCGACGGCGCAGCGAGCCGACGUCGUCAUCACCGUGCAGACACUGCUAGACGUGCUCACAGGCUUUAGCUCCAGCAUCACGCCAACAAGCUCCACUCCGAUCUUCAACUAUGUUGCGCCUUACUUUGAACCUCUUGUGGGCCUCGUUGAGAUUUACAAGGAUCGACCAGAGGUUUGCACGGCCGUCAUUGCCUUCUUUGCCACGCUCGCUGAUCUCAUCGACUUUGAUCCGGUCUUUGGCGAUCCCCAAAUAUCGUCGACCUUGACAAACAUCAUCUUCACCUUGGUGCAGGCGAUUUCGACUUUUCCGCGUGCUGUGCUUCCCAGCUUCGUGCAUGGCGAAGAUGACGCGUUAGAGGGCUUGGCUUUAGCGCUGGAAAUGCUGACUUGUCUGGUCGAAAAUGGCGAGGCGAACUCGCAACUCGCCUCGCAUCUCGACCCCGCUUCUCCCAUCGAUGUUGCCCUUUUCGGUUUUGGGACGCUUGCGCAUGCCGUCUUGUCCCAUGCCGGCGCCCUCGAGAUGCCGACUAUCCGACAUCACCUGCUCGACCUGUCCAAUUCGCUUCUCCAACGAGCCAGCGGGCGAAUAGCCAGCCUGACGAUGCUCGCUUCGCACGUCGACACUGCAAAUAUGAGCAGCACUGCAUCUUUUGCAGCUCGACUUGCUGCGUGCGUAGGCAAGACGAUGGAGCUUGCACUCGUGGAUGACGAUGCAGACGUUGCGCUGUCCACCCUUGAAGGGGCCUCCAUCCUUGCGCGCGCCAUCGUCGACGUGUCUGCGCCGGCUCGAGGUGCGUGUAGUGUGAGGGAGCUGCUAAAUAAUUCCACUGCUAACGCUUGCUGCACUUUGUGACCUUUUCAGACGCGACCCAAUUGCAGCUACUGGUAGAGCUUCUCGCGCACCUCCUCCAAAUGCUUUCCACCUCGCUCCUCAUCGAGAGCAUGGAUCGUGCCACCUUUGAAGCGAAUUUGCUGGCCUUCCAAAGUGUUGUCCGAGCUUGUGCCACUGAGCAUCUCGGAGGGCAGAUUACGCUAGUUGCGUGCGUGCAACGCGUCCAACACGAAGCCCCUUUGUACUCCCGACGAAGCACCGCGCGGCAUGUGGAUGAGCAUGCGCGUCGCACAACAUUCUCAGACGCCAUCGCCAAGCUCGUGCAACUAUCCCUCACAAGCACGCCGGCGCCGGCGCCGACAGUCAACCAGCCACCACUCUCCGCGUUUCAAGCCAGAGCAGCCGAGGCGAAACAGGCAAAAGCGAGAGAUGCAGCCUUUGUGAAAGCGGCAAGCGGUGCAGCCACACGAGCUCGCGCAGCACUGACAUUUCGAUAG